AGGAUUUUUGGAUGAAGCAUCUCAUUUCUCUAUGAUCGUUCACGGAAUUAUUUUUGUGACUGAAUAAACUAGAAUAUCUUUUGACGACACGACCGGUUUUUUUUUUCGAAAAGAUGGUGAUCCAACACACGUCGCAGCCGAUUACCACGGGUGCGAGCAUUAUCGGCAUCAAAUACAAAGGUAAGUUUUUGCCUACUCCGAGGAUCACAAUUUUUUUUUUUUGCUAAUGAUCCUGUUGAUGUUAGUUUGCAUACUGGUAAUAACCUCACUCGAAAGAAUCCAAACUCCACAUCGCCUCUUGCUUUUCAAAACAUAUACAAAAAAAAAUACAGCUUAAAAUACUUCUAUCUAUGUCCUCUAUCUCCCUAUCUCUAUCUCCCUAAAUAUCCCUCCUUCCUAGUAGUAAAAUGCAUACCCGUCUCAGGACUGGGUAUAUCAUCAUCAUCAUAUUUUCAGAUGGCGUCCUCAUCGCUGGUGACCGCAUGUGUGCUUACGGAAAUAGUCUGAAAUAUCCCGGAGUGCCUAGAAUCCAUCAGGCUGGCGACAGUACAUUAGUGGGAUGCAGUGGCGAAUACUCCGAUUUUCAACACUUGCAACACCUCUUAGACGAUGUGGACGAGGAGGAUUGGAUUGAACAAGGUAUGAUAAAAGACAACGUGUACUAGCAACAGGCUUAUAAAUGAAGAUAUUUUUUACUUUAAUUAUCUUCACUAGACUUAUUUCCAAAUUAAUAUACGAAAAAGCAUCCAUUUAUCAAAGCCGAUUAAUGAAAAGUCGAUUCUUCUUUCCACUUCUUCCACAGAUGGAAGUCGACGAGGCCCGAAGGAGUUGGGAAGCUUUCUUGGAAGAGUGUAUUACAACCGACGAAGUAAAGGAGACCCGCUUUGGAAUCAGGUAUAAUCUGUGAUUCGAUUUUUCUUAUCUUCUGUUAGUACUUCAUAUUGUGGCAAAAAAUUCUCUUGUGUCAGUCGGUUUCUAAAGAUAUCCUUGUACUUUUUUUUUCAAUAUCAGACAUCUGCGCAAUCUACAUGUAGUUGUCCUCCAUUUUUCUCCUUCACCCUCAAUCUCGCUUCACAACAGCUUGUCAUCGGCGGCAUCAAGCCCAACGGUGAGCCGCAUCUGGGAUAUGUAGACUUGCAGGGAACCUGCUUUGAAGAGGAUUUUCUUGCGACUGGGUUUGGUUUGCACCUUGCAAUGCCGAUCUUGCGUAAACACUGCGACAACGGAAAGUGGAAAACCUUGACCGAGGAACAAGCGCGUGUGUUAUGGGAUUGGAUGGGAUAAUUCGAUACUUCGUUGAGUUUUUGAAUGAUAGAUAGCUCUAGCUGAUAGUUGAAUCGAAUCUCUAUCACUUUCCUUCUUCAAAAUGACAAUCCACCAACCACGUCUCCUCUCCUCCGGUUCCCAUUUCCCCUCUCCCAUGAUCUCAAACUCUAAUCUGCGUCGUCCAGGAAUGCUUGGAGCUUUUGUUUUACCGAGACUGCAAGGCGAGCUGCGAAGUCCAGAUGGCGUUCGCGAGGCAGGGAAAGACCGGAAAGGAGAUCGUCAAAAUUGAGGACCCGUACAGGAUGAAGACCUUCUGGGAGCACAAGACGUGGAUGAAGCCAGGCAGCGAGAGAGGAACCGGAUCCUGGUAAAGAAUUUUCUCGAGGUUUUGUUUUUUCUCGGAAGGGGAAGAUGCUUGGAGGAAAGGGAAAGCGGGCUCUAAAAGUAAAAAGAGGACUUCUCAACUUGUUGAACUCCUAGUUGUACUUCGAGAAAAGCUGUGGAUCCUACGAGGACCUUAGAGUGCUUUUUAUACCCUCUAGUUGUGUAGACAAAAAGAAAUCAAUGUGAACAUCCCUGUACUACCAACCUUAUCCCUAUAGCGACACCCAGCACCCCAGAAACAUGAGAUAUUCCAUCCCACGAUCAUCUCCUAUAUUUUUUAAGCACUCGUCUUCCAUGUUAAUGUUUUCAAUUCUCAAAAGUUGAAGAUAGGCGACGACCAAUGUUGGGGAUCUUUCUCUGAC